AUGAAGUCCUUUACCGCGACCAGCGCGGCUGGUGUUCUCGCUUAUGCUGCCACCGUCGCCGCCUUCUGGCGCAUGCCUUGCCGAUCGAGCACCGGUAUCGCUCGUAUUGACCCCAUCGUCAACCCGGGCACCGUCGCCGACCACGCCCACAUGAUCUUUGGAGGAGGAAACUUCCACCCGACCACCAACACAUACGACUUGACCCACGCCAAGGGCGACCUCGACUGCACGUCUUGCGAGGUCACCCAGGAUCAGUCGGCGUACUGGACUCCUCCGCUCUACUUCGAACACAAGGACGGCACGGUCGAGAUGGUCCCCAACGUCGGCGGCAUGCUCGCCUACUACCUCUUCUACCUACAGAACCUGCAGCCCUUCCCGGAGGGUUUCCAGGUCGUCGCCGGCACGCCCGCCUUCCGGAACUUCUCCGGUCCCUUCCCGGAUGCCGAGUUGAGCUCCUGGCCCACCGAUCCCACCGAUCAGUUCUUCUUGCAGCAGCGCGCCAUCGGCUUCAACUGCCUCAACUACGACCGCACCCCCGAGCCCUCCCUGUACCGCCACACUCUGCCGACCAAGGAAUACAUGGACGCCAACUGCAAGGACGGUCUCCGCCUCGAGUUCGCCUUCCCCAGCUGUGGCAACGGCAAGGCCACCUCGCCCGACAACCGCUCCCACAUGAAAUACCCCAGCUUGGUCAAGGAGGGCAACUGCCCGGAGGGCUACGACACCCACUACCCCUUCCUCUUCUACGAGACCAUCUUCGACACCCACAAGUUCGCCGGCGUCGACGGUCAGUUCGUCCUGAGCCCCGGUGACCCCGUCGGGACCGGGUACCACGCCGAUUUCAUCAUGGGCUGGAGCUCGUCGGAGUUCCUCGGCCAGGCCAUCAAGACCUGCACCAACCCGAGCGGUCAGAUCUCCGACUGCCCCCUCUUCAACCUCCAGAGCGAUUCCAAGGCCGCCAAGUGCAAGUUCCCCAUGCCGGAUAUGGUCAAGGGCGACGACUGCGCCGGUCCCCGCAAGGGUCUGCCGGUGGGUGUCCCGAUUCAGUACGGCCCCGAGCAGGCGACCAAGUACGCCGUCGCCGGUCAGAACGGUGCGCCUCCAGCUGCUUCUCCCACCUCCGAGCCCGGCCUCACCGUCGGUCUCGGCCUCAACUUGGGUCCCAUCAGCAUUGGCGCAGGUAUCGAACUCGGCGGCGGUGCUCAUUCCCCGGCUGCGACCACAUCGCCCAAAGCCGCCGCCGUCGUGAUCCCCACGUCUUCGCCCGCGGCCGCCCCUCCCGCAGCU